UGACGUUGAAGGGUGGACGGGACGACAUCCACUUUGCAUUGAUGACGGCCAAGGCGCUUGUCGGCACGGCCGCCGCCGACUGGACUGCGCUCUCGGUGGCCAUGGGUCGGACCAUGAUCCCGUACAUCGCAGUGCUCUCGAGCCUCCUCUUCGCCGUCGCGCCGCUGCCAGACGUCCGGCGUAUCCGCGUCGCCAAGAGUACGCUGACCUUGCCGUUUGGCCCGUUCUUCUUUUACUUGCUGCAGUCAGCGCUCUUCCUCUUGUAUGCAUGCGUGACGUCCAACCGUCUGCUCCAGACGACCACGACCGUCGGCGCUGUCCUUGGCGCGUACUACGUGGCCACCUACUACACGUACACGCUCGAGAAGCGACUGGCGCGCUGGUACCUCCUUCUUGGCGCGCUCUUGUAUGUGUUCUUGCUGCACGGCGCCAUGGUCAAGCCCACGCACGAAGCGAAAGUGCUCGUCGGCAUUCCUGGCAACAUCGUCAUGGUACUGACUGCAGUCUCGCCGCUGUCCAAGCUGCCCGACAUCAUUCGCCGGCGAGACGCUUCGUGCCUUCCCGUGGGCAUGUCGAUCAUGAACGUUGUGGCGGGCGGUGUCUGGACGUUGUACGGUCUCAUGCUUGACGACAUGGUCGUUGUCUUUCCAAACGCCAUUAGCACUCUCGUCGGAUUUGUGCAGGUGGGUCUUCUGGCCAAGUAUCCGCCGACACUCAAAGACCAGCAUGUGGUCUAACCUUUAUCGAUCGACGUCAUGCCUGUGCAUAGAGACAACAACGACAGGCAUUUAUUGUUGAUAGCAAAACGAAUAUUUUCCUGUGGGAUGCAAGCC